AUGGCCGCGAUUGAUUUGUUCUGCAAUCCUUCAUCUCUUUGCAUUGAUAGACCAAGCCUCAGAGUUGGUUACGGUUGUUAUUCAGGGGAAGGAAAACUAAGGAGGAGUGGAAUUACGUUUAUGGCUUCCUCUGUGCCCGUAAAAGAGGAGAGUCGGCCGCAUUUGGGCUGCUCGGUGACUGGAGAUUCGUUUAUUCGGCCUCAUCUCCGCAAAUUAUCCCCCUAUCAGUCGAUUCUGCCCUUUGAGGUAUUGUCUACACAACUUGGUAGGAAGCCUGAAGAUAUCGUAAAACUUGAUGCGAAUGAAAACCCAUAUGGUCCACCUCCAGAGGUUUUAGAAGCUUUGGGGUCCAUGAGAUUCCCUUAUAUUUAUCCUGAUCCUGAAAGCCGUAGUUUGCGAGCUGCACUUGCUGAGGAUUCAGGCAUUGAAUCUGAAUAUAUUCUUGCUGGAUGUGGUGCAGAUGAACUGAUUGACUUGAUUAUGCGCUGCGUAUUGGAUCCUGGCGACAAAAUCGUGGACUGCCCACCAACAUUUACGAUGUAUGAGUUUGACGCAGCUGUUAAUGCUGCACUUGUCAUCAAGGUGUCUCGGAAGUCGGACUUCAGCUUGGAUGUAGAACAGAUUGCCGAAGUUGUUGAGCAGGAGAGACCUAAGUGCAUAUUCCUAACUUCACCUAAUAAUCCAGAUGGGAGUAUAAUCAAUGAUGAAACCCUGUUGAAAAUACUUGCUCUGCCAGUAUUGGUUGUGCUGGAUGAAGCGUACAUUGAAUUUUCUGGAAUUGAGUCUAGGAUGAGCUGGGUGAAGAAAUAUGAGAAUCUAAUUGUACUUCGGACAUUCAGCAAAAGAGCUGGUUUAGCGGGACUUCGAGUUGGUUAUGGAGCAUUUCCAUUGAGCAUUAUUGAAUAUUUGUGGAGGGCUAAGCAACCAUAUAAUGUGUCUGUUGCUGCUGAAAUUUCUGCAUGUGCAGCCUUAAAGAAUCCCGAGUAUCUAGAGAACGUUAAAGUGGCUUUGGUGCAAGAAAGGGAGAGACUCUUUAAACUUUUGAAAGAAGUACCAUUUCUCAAUCCAUAUCCAAGCUAUUCUAAUUUCAUUCUUUGUGAGGUUACAUCAGGAAUGGAUGCUAAGAAGUUGAAGGAAGACCUUGCGAAAAUGGGCGUUAUGAUUCGUCACUACAAUAAUAAAGAACUGUCAGGUUAUGUUCGAGUGUCUGUUGGCAAGCCCGAGCACACAGAUGCCUUAAUGCUGUGUCUCAAACGCCUAGGAUGA